AUGGACAACCACCGCCUUCCAAUUGAAGCCUGGCUCGCAGGACUGCCUUUCACGGUCAGUACCCUGCCCAUCCCCCUGGCAGCGUCAAUGCUCACCGACUCUCAUGCUGCUGUGCCUGGGCCUUCUAUCUCGACUCGGACGCCUACUUCCGAAUGGAGAACCACCGCCUGCCCCAUUGAAGCCUGGCUCGCUGCCUUGCCCUUCACGGUCGGUAUCUCAACCCAGAGGCUGCCUUCCUCGUCCCUGAUUUCUCUGCCAUCUUUUCUGCCAUCUUCUCUGCCAUCUUUUCUGCCAUCUUCUCUGCCAUCUUCUCUGCCAUCUUCUCUGCCCUCUUUGUUGCCUGCUUUUCUGCCCGUUUUACUGCCGGUUUCUCUGCCUGCUCCUCUGCCUGAUUCUCUAUCUCUGCCUGAUUCUCUACCCGCCUCUUUGCCUGAUUCUCUACCCUACCUGUUUCCCUUUUUCCCUCCCAUCUCCCCGCAACUGCCACCUGCACCCCACCAGGGAGCAUUCAACUGGAUAAGGGAUCGCUACGGCAUGGAGCUCACCAAUCAGACGUGGAUGCCGCAGUUCCCCAUUGGCCUGCUGGAUCCUCCUCCUGCUGACGUGGCAGCCUGCAGCCAAUCACCCGCUGCCCUAUGUGCAGAGGAGCCCUCGGAGGAGCUGAUUGGUCUGUUCGCCCGGAAUUCAGGGGAGGAGAAUGGCGCCUCGGCUGCUCUGUUCAAUGCCUCCUUAGAGUCAAUCAAUGCGGGGGUUAUGCUGCUGAGACGCUCGCCCCUUACCUUCAAGGUGAGUGCCCCGCCCACUCUCUGGUAUGCUCAUCUAGUUGUUCAAGGCUCCCCAGUGAUGCUCCCCGGGUGCUCUGUUCAAAGCAUCGUUGGAGUCAAUCAAUGCGGGGGUUAUGCUGCUGAGACGCUCGCCCCUCACUUUCAAGGUGUUCCUGUCACGUACCUGAUUGCAUAG